AUGUCGGAACUCUCAAGUCCAAUCGGCGCACAAUGGGCUGAAGUAUUUACUUCUGGUGAUUUAGAUAAGUUUCAAGUGGACAGCAGUGGUAAUAAACACACGGUUAAGUUUUAUGAUUAUUUCCCUGAAUUAGAAGAUGCUGCCAGAGAGCAUAAAUUUGAGCAGUACUCAAAGAAGUCAGUCGACUUCACAGCACUUGAUUUGGCUAAAAUUAUAGAUAAAAAGUGUUAUGGAGCAACGAACAUAACUAAAGGUCGGCCAUUGGCCUAUUAA